GGUGAAUCCUCUAUCCUCCCCCAGGGCCUUGUUCAGGAGGCUAGGAGAGUCUGUACUCAAGACUGCUUGUGUCACUGUUAAACUGCGAGGGACAGGGACUCAGUCUCCCCUCCGAGCCGCCACGGAACCCUCUCUACUCCUUCUGGAGCCGGAAGAUGGGUCCCUGGCCUCAGGGAAUCUUCAGUCUAGGGUGAGGGCUAAGCCGCAGGAGCACAAGCUCCCAGUAACACCAGGUGCUGCAGGAAUUUGGAGAAAGAGGAGGGAAGGGAGGGUUAAGCAGAGUUUUCCUGCAUAAGAUACAAAGAUAACUUUCCAGUAGCGGGGUUGUUGAAGGCAGAUCUAGGAAAAGAGAGGGCCCUGUGGGCGCAGGGGACUAGGGGGCCGAGGCUGCGGGGGUUCCUGUGAGCGCAAGGGCUCAUCUGCAACUCUCUGCCCAAGUGGUAACUCCGUCGGUGCCCACGAGCCCACUAGUGGCCACGGCGCCUCACCGCAAGCGCAGAGGCCGGGCCAGGGACUGAACCCGCCUGCACCUCCUAGCGCCACUGGGCGGGUGCAGGAGGAGGCGGGACGCAGGCUGGGCGCUUCCGGGGAGGGGGCCGCUCCCUGGCCCGCGCUGGACUUCCCCUCGGCCAGGGCACCCAGCCCCGGCCCGAGCCCGCAAACACCACCACAAGCCAGUGCUGCGCAGGGAGCCCAUGUACGCGCUUCUGCUGAGUUUGUUCCCUGAGUGAACUUGCUGGGUGUGUCCGUGGUCAGCUUUCAAAACCGGUCCUACCGAUUCACGUUUCUGCCUGCCAUGUAUUCGGCAAAGUGAGGAAGCCAUUCUCCACCAGCCCUUCACCUCCGGCCCUGUCUCAGACCAGGGCAGGCUCUGCUCCUCCAGGCGUCCUCCCAGAAACCUGGGCCGAAAAAGCCUCUACCUUCAGGGACGUCCUGGUCGCUGUGGUGGGAAGAGAACUCGGCAGCUCCCGCAUCCAAGAGAGAGAGGAAGGGAGGGAGAAAGCGAGAGAAGCAUCAAUGUGCGACAGAAACAUCGUUCUGUCACUUCUUGUAUGUGGCCCAACAAGGGACCAAAGGCGCGACCCACUCCUGCAUUCUGACCAGGAAGCUUUAACAGGAAGCCCCCGUAAAGAGCUGGCCGCCCUUCCCCGGACCCCGAAUGCACGCCAGGCCCAGAGGAGCGGAGAGCAGGCGCCCUCCUGGUCAUGCUGAGCACACACGCUGAUGGCUGUUCCGUGGGUUCAAGGCUGGGUCCCCUCCCUUCUCCCUUGUCACCAAUGCCUGGUCUCCAGGGGUUAGUUUUCAGCCUAACACUAUGGCAUCACCCACCUCCUUCCCAGCUUCUGGCUCCAGGUCCAAGAAGCCUUUGGGCAGGAUGGCUGGCUGGCUCAGGCAGGCCCUGUCCAAGAAGUCCAAGAAGAUGCCCGUGUCCCAGGAAGGCCCCGGCAGUGACGCUCUGCCAGGAUGCUCACAGGACAAUGCUCCGCCAACGAGCUCACAGGAUGACCGCCCACCACAGUGCCCCCAGGACCACCCCCCAUCCUCGGGCCUCAGUUCAGCUGCAUUGGCCGAGUCUCCUGCCCUGCCACCUGCACAGGAGGGUGCCACCAGCAGCAGCAGCAGUAGUGGCCGCUGGAGCAGGGACUACGACGUGUGCGUGUGCCACAGUGAGGAGGACCUUGCAGCCGCGCAGGAGUUGGUGGCUUACCUGGAGGACUGCUCCGCCAGCCUGCGCUGCUUCCUGCAGCUGCGCGAUGCGGCCCCCGGCAGCGCCAUUGUGUCUGAGCUGUGCCGGGCACUGGACAGCAGCCACUGCCAGGUGCUGCUCAUUACUCCUGGCUUCCAGCGUGACCCGUGGUGCAGGUACCAGAUGCUGCAGGCCCUGAGCCAGGCCCCGGGGGCCGAGGGCCGCACCAUCCCCCUGCUCGCAGGCCUGGCCAGAGACGCCUACCCACCUGAGCUGCGUUUCAUGUACUUCGUGGACGGCCGGGGCCCAGAGCGAGGCUUCCGCCAAGUCAAGGAGGCCAUCCUGCGCUAUCUGCAGACGCUCAGGUGACACUUCUUUUGUCAUGGUUGGACCCAGGAGGCUGGCGCAAAGCUGGAAAUCAAGUUAGAGAGCCCAGGGCCUUGGAUCCAGCAGGUGUGACAGGGCCUGAUGAGCUGGAGCUGGUAGCACUUCCUAUGUGAUCUGGGAUCAGAUUGCCUAGCAGGCUUCCAUUAUUGCUGGGGACUCCCCAGGAAGGCCCUGCGGAAGCUGGGGAUUCCCCCAGAAAGGUCAUGAAGAAGCUGGGGACUCCCCAGGAAGGCCCUGGGGCAGCCAGAAACUAGCGGUGUAGGAGGGGUUGAUACCCUGAUGACCACCAAUGUUUUGCCUCUUCCUUAUUGGACGUGAGUCUGGCGCAUCCCUAGGUCUUCUUCCCCUGGAACCGGGCACAGGUGUAGGGAUGCAUUCCUCCUGAACAGGUGCCUCACCUGAUGCAUCAUCAGCCCGAAGCCUAGAGUGCGUGUCUCAGCAUGGAUGGUUUUUCCGGUUGCCUGGGAAGCCCUGGAACAGAGGCCAGGAGAAAGCCAAAGGUAUCAGGUCUUUCACACUCACACCGCUGCCAUUCUCUUCCCCUUCAUUCACUUCAGAAAGCUACAUGAAAAUAACACUCAGCAUUGUACCGUAUUUAUUUUUACUGCAUGCAUGUCGUUCAAGACUCAGACCUAGAAACCUUCCUGAAUAGACAGUAGACUGGGAGUAGGUGGGGUGAGGAGAAAGAAAGCUCUGACCUUUUACCUUGGGUCAAAAGCCCACCCACCAAUGCUUUGACAUGUGGGGGCCUCGUGGGGGUCCUCUUCGCCGAGAGAACCAGCAUUUUUCUUCUGGCAGGUGACUGUGUGCCUUGAUGACAGGCAAGGUUUCGUUCAUCUGUCCUCGGGGAAAGUUGGUGGUUGAGGCAAAACGAAGUUUUUGUUCCACCACUGUGUGCCUUUGUGCUUCUCUCACUGCCCCCUCCUUAUACUGAAAAAUAUUUAUACAUAUAUAUAUUUUUUUGUAAUUGAAAUGCAGUUGACAUGUGACAUGAUACUAGUUUCAGGUAUAGGAGUCAAUAUUUGUAUAUAUUGUGGAAAAAAUUAUAUUUUUAGCUAUGAAUUAUUUUAUUAUAUACAAAAGGACUAAAGCGUACUAUAAUGUACACUCGUGUGCCUUCCACCCGGCCUAGGAAGCAAAACGUAACAAUCCUUCGUAUGUUCCCUUUGUGCCCUUAAUUAUCUCCCUCCCGUCUCUCACCGGAAGUAACCACUAUUCUGCAUUUCUCCCCUUUGUCUAGAAAUGUAUUACAUACAUAUGCAUCCCUUACAACAUGCUCCUUUUGUAUGGUUUGAAUGUUUACAUAAAUAGCAUUAUGAUGUGC